GCACCCCGGAAACAUCUAGAGAACCUUGCCCAGACCGUAUCGUUGAUGACGUAGGUGGAGCUUUUGGGAUGGGUGCUGUUGGUGGUGGAGCUUUCCAUUUCUUGAAAGGACUCUAUAACUCACCUAAAGGUGAGCGUUUGAUUGGGGGUACUCAAGCAGUCCGCAUGAAUGCUCCUCGUGUUGGUGGUAGUUUUGCAGUAUGGGGUGGGCUCUUUUCUACCUUCGACUGCACAAUGGUCUACAUGAGGCAGAAAGAGGAUCCUUGGAACUCGAUCAUAGCAGGUGCAGCAACUGGCGGUUUUCUGCAGAUGCGUCAGGGAAUGGGUGCUGCUUCACGGUCAGCAUUGUUUGGUGGUGUUUUACUUACUUUGAUCGAAGGAGCUGGGAUAAUGUUAAACAAAGUUAUGAGUGCACAACAGAACUUCCCUCCGAUGGAAGACCCUGUUCCGAAUAUGGCUGGUAUGCCUGGACACCCCAUGGGGCAAAUGCCUGGUCAACCUUCAGUAAAUGUUGAGAGAAUGGACGCAGGAUCUUCUUCUUCGUCGCCAUCAUCAUCUUCUUCAUGGUUUGGAGGCCUUUUUGGCGGAAAGGAGGAGACAACUUCUAGUGAUGGAAGCAAGACAAAGGUCUUAGAGAGCUUUGAUGCUCCAACUCCUCCAUCAUUCGAGUACAAAUGA